CAAUCUGCCUGCCAGGCUGCGAUGAAGAGCACGGCUUCUGUGAGAAACCCGGAGAGUGCAAGUGCAGAGUGGGAUUCAAAGGCCGCUACUGCGACGAGUGCAUCCGCUAUCCGGGCUGCCUCCAUGGGACCUGCCAGCAGCCGUGGCAGUGCAACUGUCAGGAGGGCUGGGGGGGGCUCUUCUGCAACCAAGAUCUCAACUACUGCACCCACCACAGGCCCUGCAUGAAUGGAGCCACUUGUAGCAACACGGGUCAGGGAAGCUACACCUGUUCCUGCAGACCGGGCUUCACUGGGUCCAGCUGUGAGAUGCAGGUCAACGAAUGUGCCGGAAACCCCUGUCGCAACGGAGGAAGCUGUGCUGAUUUGGAAAACACGUAUACCUGCACUUGCCCUCACGGUUUUUAUGGCAAAAACUGCGAGCUGAGUGCCAUGACGUGUGCAGACGGGCCGUGCUCCAACGACGGUCGCUGUGCCGACAAACCCCGACGGAGGAUACUUCUGCCAGUGCCCCACAGGUACGCCGGGUUCACCUGCGAGAAGAAGAUCGACCACUGCUCCUCCACGCCCUGCUCCAACGGUGCUCGCUGUGUGGAUCUGGUCAACUCGUACCUGUGCCAGUGUCCCGAGGGUUUCACGGGCAUGAACUGCGACCACACGGGGGACGAGUGUUCGAUGUACCCGUGCCGAAACGGCGCCACGUGUCAGGAAGGUCUCGACGGAUACAUCUGCUCCUGCCCGCCGGGGAUCACUGGGCGAAACUGCAGCUCUCCAAUCAGCCGCUGUGAACACAACCCGUGCCACAACGGAGCCACGUGCCACGAGAGGAACAACCGCUACGUGUGCGCGUGCGUUCCCGGAUACGGAGGAAGAAACUGCCAGUUCCUGCUCCCAGAACACGCUGCGAUCCGAGGGUCCGACGUUCCCUGGAUGGCCGUGGGGUCCGGCGUGGCUUUGGUUCUUCUUCUGCUGGCGGGAUGCGCUGUUCUUGUUGGAUUUUUCCGAUCAAAAGUCCAGCGGGGCGGUCAAUAGAAACAGUUGGUGAGGUGGAGACAAAUAAACAACCUGACCAACAACUGUCAUCGAGGUGACAGAGAUCUGGCGGUCAGCAUGAUGCCGACGCCGGGAGUUAAAAAACAUCAACAGAAGAUGGACUUCUGCAGCAGCGAUCCUGACGAGGGGUCUCCACCGGGGAGGAGCAGCUACAAGAGCCGCCAUCAGCCUUCAGACUACAACCUCGUACAGGAGGUCAACUACGAGCAGGCGGCGAAGGAAGCCAUGCUGGAGGCGGCCAGCGAAGACAAGUGCCAAUCCCACGACUCGUUUGAGUUUGAGGAGAAACGCAGCAAACGAUUAAAAUGCGAUUCAUCAGAAAAGAACGCCCCAGAAAUGUCUGCAUGUGCGGACACCAAGUAACAAAAUCUGUGUUUGUGAUGUCAGAGGAAAAGGACGAAUGUAUAAUUGCAACUGAGGUGUAACGAGCCACCAGUGGGCUGCCCGUUGCUCAUUUGCUCUAUGGGAGAGUUUUAAUACUCCUUCAGAUGCUGCUCUAAACCCUAGGGGGAGGUGUCCCGCCUUGAGACUGCUGCUGAUACUGAGACGUUUAACUGAUAUUCAGAGUGAGCUGGUUCUCUACUGGAAAAAAAUAAGCGCAGGCAGCGUGUGGGAUAAGAACUGGCGGGGUAUAAAUACAAAGUUUACGGUUGAAAGUAAACUGCCACUUAGCUUUCUGUUCUGCCUUUUAUCGGGGAGUAAAAAUAGUAAAAAAUAUAAACGGACACUGUCUCGUGGCGCUAACGUGCGACGCUACGAUUUUUUUGUUUUUUGCAACAUUUGCACCCAGGCCUUUUCUCUAACCCACACGUGUUGCUGAGCGCAGGAACUGCAUCAAACGGUGGAUGUUUGGCCAUACUGGCCUGUUCUUCUCGAAGCUGUUUUUGGGCUGUGCACCCAUCGCUGCACUGUGAAGACUGUAAUGUAUUGAUCGCUGUGUACACUGAAGUGCGUUUCCUUCCUAAGCCCUCCAAAACCAUUUAUGACAUAGUAUUGUUCAAACUCUUUUCAGUUUCUUUUCGGGACAUGAAAACCUUUCUCUUAAUUAAAUAAAUAAAAUGUUGCUUUUGAUACAGAUUUUGUAAAAUAAAGAAAGAAAAAACAAGAAAAAAGUUUAAAAUUAUGAUUUAAUUUAAGUUAAUUUAAUGAUUUGUGUUAUUUUUAUUUCGUAUUGUAUAUUUGUGAUGUUUGUUAUGAUUAUUUAAGUUGCUUUUUUUUUUAUUAAUGAUGAUAUUUUGCAAAGGCACUUCAGGUCAAUGGGACUUUUUUUAAAGAAAAUGUUAUUUAAGAGGGAUUGUAUACUGUACAAAUUGUUAUUUUAAACCGUCUCCUUUAACCGUUUUGAAUGAAGGAAUUAGCCAAGACUAUUUUUCCAAAUAAAUAUUGCUAAACAUGAAAUUUUAA